AUGCCCUUUUCUGGUGCAACUGGACCCUCUGAGGAAUCCCUCUGGAGCUCGAGGCCAGCCUGCAGGGAAAUGGAGUCCAAGGUCUCCGAAGGCGGCCUGAAUGUCACCCUCACCAUCCGGCUGCUGAUGCAUGGCAAGGAAGUUGGCAGCAUCAUUGGAAAGAAAGGAGAGACUGUGAAGAAGAUGCGCGAGGAGAGCGGGGCAAGGAUCAACAUCUCGGAGGGGAACUGCCCUGAGCGAAUUGUGACUAUCACUGGCCCCACUGAUGCCAUCUUCAAGGCUUUUGCCAUGAUUGCCUACAAAUUUGAGGAGGACAUCACCAACUCGAUGAGCAACAGCACUGCUACCAGCAAACCCCCAGUGACGCUGAGACUGGUCGUGCCAGCUAGUCAGUGCGGCUCACUGAUUGGCAAAGGAGGCUCCAAGAUCAAGGAGAUCAGGGAGUCCACAGGUGCUCAGGUUCAAGUGGCGGGGGACAUGCUGCCCAACUCCACGGAGCGGGCGGUGACAAUCUCGGGGACACCCGACGCAAUUAUCCAGUGUGUCAAACAGAUCUGUGUGGUGAUGCUGGAGUCCCCACCAAAAGGUGCCACCAUUCCCUACCGCCCAAAGCCCGCCUCCACCCCUGUCAUUUUUGCAGGUGGUCAGGCCUAUACAAUUCAGGGACAAUACGCUAUUCCACACCCGGAUCAGUUGACCAAGCUCCACCAGUUGGCUAUGCAGCAAACCCCCUUUACUCCCCUUGGACAGACCACCCCCGCUUUCCCUGGAGAAAAGCUGCCCUUACAUUCCUCCGAAGAAGCUCAAAAUCUGAUGGGCCAAUCAUCAGGUUUGGAUGCCAGUCCCCCGGCCAGUACUCAUGAACUCACCAUUCCCAAUGAUCUAAUAGGCUGCAUCAUCGGACGCCAAGGGACCAAAAUCAAUGAGAUUCGGCAGAUGUCGGGAGCGCAGAUCAAAAUCGCCAACGCCACGGAAGGCUCAUCGGAGCGUCAAAUCACCAUCACAGGGACCCCUGCAAACAUCAGCCUCGCGCAGUACCUCAUCAACGCCAGGCUGACGUCUGAGGUCACUGGAAUGGGCGCACUCUAA